UAUGAAAUCACCUGUUCGUAAAGAAAAGAAACAUUAAACUCACAAUCCAUCUUCUUAAUAGGAUUAAUUUCAAUAGAAGUUACUUUAUCCAGGAUAGAUUAUAGCAGGAAGAUUUAAAUUAAUAGAGAAAGUUGGACAAGGUAGUUUUGGAUCGAUUUUUAAGACAGAAAAUAUAGAGACAGGUGAGAUAUGUGCAUCAAAAUUUGAAAAGAGAGAAUCAGCAAAAAAUAAUGUAAGUUUACUGGUAAGAGAAAUAAAGAUUUUAUUGGAAUUAAAAGGGAUAGCAGGUAUAAAAUUGAAUUAUGUAAGGGUUUCCUUAGAUUCUACAUUAUGGAAGAGAUGAGAAUUAUAAUUUCUUUAUGAUAACAUAUUUGGGUUAGAAUUUGGAAUAUUUGAUUAGAAAAACUAAGAAGUUCUCAAAAAUGAAUUGUUUAAGAAUUGGAUUACAAUUAUUAGAUAGAUUAGAAUAAUUACAUUUGAAGAAUUUAAUUCAUAGAGAUUUGAAACCAGAAAAUAUCGUUAUAGGAUGGUAAGAUAUUGAUAUUGUCUAUCUAAUUGAUUUUGGAUUAUCUAAAUAUUACAAAGAUAACAAUGGAAAUCAUAUACCAAUGGUUGAUAAGAAAGGUAUAAUUGGAACUGCUAGAUAUGCUAGUAUUGGAGCACAUUUAGGUGAAAUAUUUUCAAUGUAAUUUUAGGUAGAGAGUAAUCAAGAAGAGAUGACUUAGAAUCAUUGGCAUAUGUAUUAAUAUAUCUGAAUAGAGGUAAAUUACCAUGGAUGAAUUUACCUAUACAAGAUAAAUCUCUUAAAUAUACAAAAAUACUUGAAUAAAAAUAAACUAUUUCUCAUGAAAAGUUGUGUGAUAAUCUACCUAAAUGUUAUUAUCUUUUAUUACAACAUGCUAAAUCUCGAGAAUAUACUGAAUAACCUAAUUAUGCAUUUAUUAAAGAGUAAUUUUCAAAAGCAUUAGGUGAUUUAGAAUAUAUUGAUAACAUUUCUUUUGAUUGGGAGAAACUACCUGAAAUGAAAUCUAAAAAAUCAAGAUAAUCUAAUUCACAAAAAAAAAAAACUGAGAAAAAACCAAGAAUCUCCAUUACCAAAGAAUAAACCAUCGUUUAAGAAACUAAACAACAAUAACAACAACUUCCUUUGUAAAUUAUUUAAUAAUAAACUCAACAAAAAAGUCAGGUUUCCUUUCUCAAUGUGCCUGAUUUAGAUAGUUAAUCACCAGAUAAAUAAUCAGGACUUGAGAGAAAAAGUAGAGGGGUAAUAUAUUAUUAAUCAUUCAGUAUUUAAGUAGAGGUAGUGCAGGAACUACUAGAUUAAUGAAUUAUGAUCUUAGUUAAAUAGAAGAAGAUGAAAAUGAUGGAGAUAAUCAAAAUCAUACUCCUUAUCUUAAUUAAAAAAAAUAGAGAAAGGAUUUAAAAAGUUUUUCAGUCAUGUCAGAAAACCAAGUAUUAAAAUUUACUUCAUUUUGCAAACAAGCUGGUAAAAACAAUAUAAAAGAACAACAAAUUCAAGAAUUGAAUUAAAUCUAUGGUUCAUUUGAUAAUCUAGACUUAAUUGCAGAUGAUGAAAUACACAUAUAAUUUAAUAAUAUUGGAGCUUUUUCCUUUAAAAAACAUUGA